CUCUCUCUCUCUCAUUUUGAGUUUUGUUGAGAUCAAGGGAUUUUUCGUGCUUUUUCGGAUCUCGAAUGUUCGCAGUUUCGGUGUUUUUACCAGCGUUCUUCUUGUGAUUUGAGGCUAGGAUUGUGAAACAUUUGCUACUGGCGCUGUCGCCAUUGAUUUUCAUUGGGUUUCUGAUGUGCAGUGUUUGCAUUCCUCAUGCUUAGAACAUGUCGACUUUAAUUGCUAGCAUUGCCAUCGAUCAAAUUCCUUUUCCCCCCCUUCUAAACGAGUGAUUGUUGUGCUGCAACAGUAAAGUUUCAAACUUGCAGUGCUUCCAUUGUGAUUUUUGAAGAAGACAACGUUCCACUACAUAUUAAACUUUGAAGCCGAUCUUCCAGUCCGGUCAGUGAUGUCGCUCAAAAAAAUAUUUCACGAGCUACUGGAGCUUAGAGAUGACAUGGGGAAAAAAUCAAGAAGGGCAGAGAAAAAGCAUACGCGUCGCCGAGCAAAAUCACACAUUGCCCCUGAACAGUCAUUAUCUUCAUUGCCAUCACCUGAAUUGGUUCCACAGAGCCAAUGGGCAAACUUGCCCCCCGAGUUGCUUCUUGACAUAAUUCAACGCUUGGAAGCGAGCGAGACCUCCUGGCCUGCUCGGAGAGAUGUCGUUGCCUGUGCUUCGGUUUGCAGGUCAUGGAGGGAGAUUACAAAAGAGAUAGUCAAGACUCCAGAGCAAUGUGGCUGGCUUACCUUCCCCAUCUCACUGAAGCAGCCGGGUCCAAGAGAUGCUCCGAUCCAAUCUUGGUCUAAGCCCUGUUAUACUAAUUCCACCAUGAGGGUAUCCUUGAAUUUUGUAGACCGGUUACUAAUGAUCUCUUAUGAAUCUACAGCUCUGUCUGGGGAUAUGAGUAAGCUAUUGCUGGCAGCGAGAAAGAUCAGACGGGCAACUAGUACAGGUUUUGUGAUAUCCUUGGUUGCAGAUGAAUUUUCUCGAGCAAGCAAUACCUAUGUUGGAAAACUAAGGUCUAAUUUUCUGGGGUCCAAGUUUACCAUUUAUGACAGUCAGCCUCCACAAAACCCAGCAAUCCAAACAAAUUGUAGGUCACAUCGCAGAAUCAAUUCAAAGCAGGUAUCCCCAAGGGUACCUGCCAGCUGUUUUAGUGUUGCUUCUGUAUCUUAUGAACUCAAUAUCCUCCGAACAAGGGGCCCAAGGAGAAUGCAAUGCACCAUGCAAUCAAUCCCCAUAACAGCAGUUCAAGAAGGGGGCUUUGCUCCAACUCCAACAGAGUUAUCAACUUGCUUAAACCAGAAAUGCUCUCCAUUGUCCAUUUCGCAAGGGAAGAAGCCACUUGCUAACUUGGGCUCUAGUAGUCCCACACUGGAUUUGGAACAUGGCAUGAAGGAUCCACUCAUUUUGAAAAAUAAAUCCCCUCGAUGGCAUGAACAGCUGCAGUGUUGGUGUCUAAACUUUAAGGGUCGUGUUACAGUGGCAUCCGUGAAGAAUUUCCAGCUGGUGGCUUCUGCAGAGCCUUGCCAUAAUGUUUCAUUGGCUGAACAAGAGAAAGUAAUCCUGCAAUUCGGGAAGAUCGGUAAAGACAUUUUCACUAUGGAUUAUCGCUACCCUCUCUCUGCUUUCCAAGCCUUCGCAAUUUGCUUGAGCAGCUUUGACACGAAACCAGCCUGUGAAUGAUUUACUGUCUAUUCAAAUCAUGUGAUUAUCAUGUUCGUCUUCCCUUAGAUUUAACUGUAAAUACACUUCGUGAAACAAAGCACUUCAGGUUGUGCCUUUUGGUCCA